GUGAGCAACUUGCUGGCUAAACGGGCCAUUGUGAAAAGGCGCGUAACCAAGUCUACCCAAGAACUUUCUCCCAAUUGCGAUUUUCAGACUCAAGCUAGCUUCUGAUUGAUAAUGAAUUGAAUAUUGAUAAGUUGCGGCUUCCUAUGUCUCUCACGCCAAAACCAAAACGUGCCAAGACCCUCUUCAUUGUAUAGAGCCUGUGUGGAGGCUUACUUUUCACAUCACGCCAAUUGUUACCUGGAGUUCAGUGCACGCCAGCCAACCGAACGCGAUAGAGAAUUUCCCAGUAUCUUAAUAAGAAAGACGCAGCCUGGCAAACUCCUUAGCCAAUACGUAUCGUCCCACUCGUCGCGGUCCCGAAAAUGGCUGCAUCCAACGAGGCGACGGAGCUCAAGCUCGUCUCGUCGAUCAGAUACAAAUUUGCCUCUGCGUCGGGAGAUGAGAAAAAGCUUAGUCAAGCUCUUCAAUCGCAGCUUACCUCAUUGCUUGAAAAAGCCGGUAGCCAACACAAGGCUGUUCGAGAGGAUACCUUCAAGGCUUUCAUGAGUGUCAAGAAUUUUGUCCAACCAGCAGGUGUCGUCCUACCCGUUGCGGCCCUCCUAGAACAGUAUAAACAGACCACGUCGCCAAUCGUGAAACAGUUAGAUCUUUCGUUCAUUAGAGAAGGCAUGUCUCGUCUUGAUCAAACAAAACGCCGCGCUCUUCUUCCGGUCAUACUACGUGAUAUAUCAAAAGAGUCUAACUCAGCUAGUGCUGCUGGAUUUUUUAACAUAUUUCUUCGCCUGCUCCUGGAAAUAAAAGUUCCUGGUAGAGGCACAACAGAAGAUCUUGCACUUCGAGAGGCCGUGGGCCUCGCAAAUCCGUCUGAUGCAAAGUACGUAGCGACUUGGCUUGGGAAGCUAUCUCUUUUGCGACAAGACAUAGCUUUAGCACCUGAAGAAGAGAUUCCAUCUAAAUUAGAAGCUUCGCCAUCAGGACUGACAAAAGAAAAUGUUGCCUUUCUACGGAAUAAGGACCCGAAAUCGUACAAGCCGGACGUUCCGAACAGUCUCAGUCUUCCCGAAUGCAAGUUGAAAGCUGUUGGUUUCCUCGCAAGUGGUGCAUUCACCGAUGACGAACGAUAUCUACCCAUGAUAUGUGCAGCGGGUUCUGCUGACUCAAGAAUCUCAUCAAUAGCGGAUGAUGUUAUUAAGCGAGCCGACAUUGAUCUAGAAAACGAGGACGUGAUACAGUCGUUAUUUGCGGCGCAUAGCACAUUUCCAGCGCCUCACAGAAUACAAAUUCUCAGAUUACUUUCAAAAUCAGCUACUGCGUGUGCCCCAAAGCAGCGGGUUGUUGAUGCUGUGAAAGAGGACUUCUCUUUAACCACCGACGAAAAGCCUGUCAUAGUUGGCCUUGAGGCUUUGCGACUCCAUAAGGCCCUCCUCGGCUUCUUGUCUUGGAUCGCACGCAAUAGCUCUGAAACCGAAAAUGAGGACACAAAGAUGGGGCCAGCUCUUGUAACAAUUCUCAAGGAUUACAUACUAGGGCAAGGCUGGCCAGCGCCAAAUCUUCAAAACAAUCAAUCUCGAUCUCAAGAUGAACAACGCCUACGAGCCCAUGCUUACGAGACCAUUGGUACCCUGGCAAGAGCGAGUAAACUCGAUCAUAAAGCAAAAGACUCUCUGCUUAAGUGGCUAUUUGACUCAUUGGUGUCAGAUCCCAGCCCAGACAUCGUUGUAUAUAUCGAGGGCGCCCUUUCCAGUAUGAUGAGUCUUUUCAAGUCUACCGAUACGGCCCAGCACCGGGAUCUUGAGAUACUCCUCCUAGAGUACAUGAAUGUGCCAGAGCGACAGAAUAUAAGGACAGCUCGCCAUGUUGCUGUACGAUUUGCUAAUAACUGUCUGCCGUACAACAAUAUAACAGCGCGAUGGUUAAGUAUAGUAGCUCUUUCCGCUAGCUCCUCCGAGCGUCGCGAUAUCUUGGAAGAAGGACAACGAGGAUUAGACCCUUGGUGGGCCACAAAGUUACACCCGGAAGAGGAGUUGAAGCUGCCUGACUGGGCGGAGCUAACAAAGUUUCUCUUCGAUUCGACAACACGCCAAAUUGAAGAGCAUGAAAUGGCCGUGGACCAGAUUUCUAAAUACACCUUAUAUACUAAUGACCGCCUUCAAGCGUUUUCUGUAGCAAUCCGCUUUGCGAAACAGAUACUACUCCUCGCUGCACUUGCUGAGGAUACUCUCGAGAUAGACUGGGAAGCACGGCUGAAUAACCGAAUUCGUAACGAUCUUGCGGCACAACACUCUAUCAGAAAGUAUAUAAAGACAAUAGAAGCUAAGCCGCUCUUACUCCUUCUGAAUGCAGCGCUCGAUGGACUUCGGGAUCACCCUGAAGUAGGUGCAGAAGACUCUCUCGAUUGUCUGGCGGAUAUUUUAUCAUUUGCCCCUACAGACACUAUUAUUUCGACACUCUCCGGAAGAGCACACGAAUUGCUCGCACUACGUGGAUCUAAUAAUCAAAGGGUUAGGCAGUUGGCAUCUAAAACUUUCGGUAUUCUUGCGCCUUGGGCUGAUCGUACUUCUCUCGACGUUGCUCAAUUACGAGAAUUCUUGUCAUCUACUGAUGAACCGCCGGCCUCUCUGUCAGCCCAAUACCAAUGCUCACUCGUCUGUCUCGCUAGCUGUCUCUCCAAGGCAGCAUAUUAUGGCAGAUUAACAUCUCCUGAAGCAGCGAGUCACAUCGAAUUUGUAGUCAGGUGCUCUCUUUUAGGUUUAAGGGGAAGCGACGCGGGUGUUCAAAAUGCUGCACUUGAUUCUCUCGCACAAUUAUGGACAGCAGACCUUGGUUGGCCUUCGCAAGAAAACGAUUUGAACACUAUCAUCGACUGUCUCGCCUCUCUUGCGGUGAAAGGCAAUGAAAGGUCUAUUUAUGCGCUUGGCAGACUGUCGAUACCAAAGUCAAGUGACGUGCUCCUGAAUGGGGAAUCUCCCGCAAGGAAGGUUUUGGAGAAGUUAUUCAGCCUAUCGGAUAUCAAGCGAACGGAAGUCCACUUUGCCAUUGGUGAAGCAAUAGCCGCGGCAAUAGCCCGUUGGGAUUCUGACUCAGUGCAGCUUAGCAUCGAUGUCCAAGCGGCUGGACAUGGCGAGGACAUCAUAAAGACCCUCCGUAAAAAGCCGGACCAAGUCAGUGACACUCUUAAUAAGUUCAUCACUGACAGCAAACAAACAAAGCCGUCUCUGAUCAAGGCAUCGGGUAUAUGGUUGUUCUGCGUCAUUCAGUACUGUUCCGGCUUGCCCGACAUUCAAUCACGACUCCGAGAAUGUCAAAUAGCUUUCAUGCGGUUAUUGACGGCUCGUGACGAGCUUGUACAAGAAACUGCCUCUCGCGGUUUGGCUUUAGUGUAUGAGAAGGGCGAUCAGUCGCUAAAAGGCGAUCUUGUCAAGGAUCUCGUCGCCAGUUUUACUGGCACAAACACGCAACUUAAGGUUGAUGACGACACAGAGCUUUUCGAUGCAGGAGCACUACCCACAGGCGAAGGCAAAUCAAUCACCUCGUAUAAGGACAUUAUCAACCUGGCCAAUGAGGUAGGAGACCAAAGUCUUAUCUAUAAAUUCAUGGCCCUAGCAACAAACGCCGCUACGUGGACGGCUCGUUCGGCAUUCGGGAGAUUCGGGCUGAGUACAAUUCUAUCCGAUGCCGAACUCGACCCUAAAAUAUAUCCAAAGCUCUAUCGAUAUAGAUUUGACCCUAAUCCCAAUGUUCGGAGAUCAAUGGAGGAUAUUUGGAAGGCCGUUGUCAAAGAUCAGACUUUGACCAUUGACGUCCAUUUUGACUCUAUUAUGACCGACCUACUCAAGAGCAUUCUUGACGGCCGUGAGUGGCGUGUCAGAGAGGCUAGUUGUGCUGCCAUUGCCGAUCUCAUAUACGGACAACCCUAUCUCAAGUAUGAGAAAUAUUAUACCGAUAUCUGGCAGGUUGCGUUGCGGGUUCUGGAUGACCAGAAAGGCUCGGUAAGAGAAUCAGCUCUCAAACUUUGCAUUGGUCUUUCAAAGACUCUAGUGUCCCAACUGAAGGAGAACAACUCUUCCUCCUCGACCCAGGCCAUGAUUGCACAGGUUCUUCCGUUCUUGCUUUCUGAUAAAGGAAUCGAGAAUUCUGUGAAAGAGGUUAAACUUGUGGCCAUUACCACAGUACUAGACGUCGUCAAGAACGGAGGUGAUACCUUAAAACCCUUCAUCCCCACAAUCACAACCCAUUUCCUCGGGCUACUUAGUACAGUUGAACCAGAUCAAAUCAAUUACUACUAUCAAAGGGUCAGCGAGGAAGACCGUGAAGGACUUGACAGGCUGAGAAGCCAAGCGGCCACGCGGUCCCCAUUAUUCGAAUGCAUCGCCGACUGUCUCCGAUUUACUGAUGAUGCUGUUAUGUCCCAACUUGCUCCUCAGCUAGUAGCGACUAUCAAGUCAGCACUUGGAAUGCAAACCAAGAUUGGCUGUAGUGAAGUACUUAGCACAUUGGCUCUGCGUCAUAGCAUUUAUCUCACCCCCUAUAGCGCUCUGUUUGUGAAGAGCCUACACGCACAGAUCCUAGACCGCAACAAUGAAGUAAGCAAAGCAUAUGCAAAGAGUGCGGCGUAUCUACUCAGGUCUGCUUCACCCGAAACUCGAGACCGGUAUAUAAAUAGGCUGGUUGACUUAUACUUUGCUGCUGAAGACGAAGUGCGGCGACAGAAAGUAGGAGAUGCGGUUCUCGCCAUUGCUAAAGUGUCGCCCGAUGCCUUCACGGAUCUUGAAACCCAGCUCUUGCCCUUCGCAUACUUUGCCAAAUUCGACACGGACGAGUAUGUCUCAGAAGUCUGCGAAGCUGCCUGGAAUCAGCAUGCGGGAGGGCAUCACACGGUGAGACGCUAUGUCAACGAGAUUUCAGUUCUUGUAUCCAAAGGCUUGGAGACGUCAAAGUGGGCUUUACAGCAUGCAGCUGCAUUUACAGUUGCCUCUAUGAUUACUGCCUUAAGCAAUGCUGCUGGGAAAGACGGGCAGUUUAGUGAAUCGGUCGUCCGACAAAUAUGGCCAGUGCUUGAUAAGACACUCUCACUGAAGACGUUCAAGGGCAAGGAAAAGCUAAUAGCUGCGUAUCCUGUCUUUAUCAGACACAGUAAGAAAUUCUGGGAAGGCGACACGGCAACAUCAGCUCAAACCAAGAAGAUUGCGCUUCGGGAAGCUAAACGUAACAACGACGAGUAUAGGCCUCAUGCUUUCGAAGCCCUGGCCGAUUAUGCAGCCGUAAGAGAGGAUGUAGAUAUGUAUGCAGAGGUGGUGACACUUGUAUCUGACUAUCUUACGCCGGAUACCGAAGCACACAAGCUGACGGAGCUGGAGCGAAAAACCACCGAGGCGGCAUUGAAGACUGUCAUAACAGCUUAUAACCGCCCAAGAAUGCGAUCAGCGCCAGCUAGUAUACUCAGCGACGUAGCUACCACCAUCGAGGGAGCAAAGCAAUCCAUCUCCAUUGCCAAAGACACAUUAUUCACUUACGCUCUGGACCUUCUAGACCAAGCCGCUAAGUCAGCAGUUCCAACGAGCACCGACGAAAGCCUGCUGGCGAAGAGAUGGUUCAACCUUCUACUCCACGAUGAAUCUAAUGUUGCGCUAGAGAGUCAGAGGACCGCGAGAGCGAAGGCGCUACUUGCAUUUGUAACAGCAUGGGAGAAAGGCGUGUUUGGCCUUGCCAAUGAGCAGGUCUCAUUGAAAGAUGACAUGGGACAGAAAUUGGCACAAAUGAAGACGACUGAAAGAUCACUGGAUGUACAGAGGAUACUCGAUCAGGCAUCCCAGAAAUUCAAGGGAUGAUUGUUAUAGAAGCUUGUGAUGUACUUGAUUAACUAGAGUAGAUUUCACUUUCCGAAUGGCCUGCGUUAAUGUUGAAACUAUAGCUUGCUGUAAAAUACCGUCUUGAAGUGAAACAGCAUUGUCUUCU